CAAAUCCAACCCAUAAAGAAAGCAUCAUGGAGGUCUGCAUAUUCUUCCUUUAUACUAUGAUACUUCUCCCAGGUAUUGCUGCUAGUGUGCAUCAGGUGAAGUCAUUUCUCAAUCACACUGCAUACCUAUCCUGCUAUUUUCCAAACUCUCCAAAAACUGAUAUAAAGGACUUAAGAGUUUUUUGGCAAAAAGGCUUUGUUGAAGUGGUGCACGAAGUAAACUAUGGCCAAGAAAAACAUGAUAAUCUUAGUCCUAAAUAUAUAAAUCGCACCAAGAUGGAUAUGGACAAAUGGACCUUGCAAUUGUUAAAUGCAGGAAUUGUGGAUGAGGGACAGUAUACAUGUAUUGUACAGCACAGAGAUAAAGGAUCGCCAAAGGUCAUACACACAUCUGCGUGUUUACUGCACAUCAUUGCCAACUAUAGUCAACCUGAAAUAGCAUGGCUGCACACUGGGGAACUAAAGCCCAAUGAAUACUUGAAUCUUUCCUGUUCUUCCAGCGGAGGUUAUCCAGAGCCCAAGCAGAUGAUUUGGCUAAUUUCAUAUGAAAACGUAACCAACAGACUUAUGCGUCACAUGGAUGUCUCACAGGAUGCUGUAACAAAGCUGUACAAUGUUACUAGCAAGCUGAACAUCAGAGUUCCUACAAACACUCUCACUAAUAUUAGCUGCUUGCUUCACCUUGGAGAGCAGCUGGGGAGCCUUGUCUCAGUGCCACUAGGCAUAGAGAUACAGGGGGAAGAAAUAGAACAAGUGAAGAUAAGUUUCGUUGGCCCACUUAUAGCUGUGAUUGUACUGAUCACAAUUCUUUUGGGUUUUGUGAUAUUGAAGAAGAACAGAAAUAUCUCACCUACCAACCAGAGUGUCAGUCUAGCAGUCUAGAAGCUAUCCAGCUUGAAACCGAGGCCAUCAGCCAGACUGCUGACUGGGAACCAUCUCUGCGCAUAGCAAGGCCUGAGGUCCCAUAUUCUUAGAUGCUCUGCCAGAACAAGAAUGCUCCCUAGACACCCUGCAGAACAACAUGCAACAUUUUUGUCUGAUGGCUGAAAUCCACUGUCCAGUGUUCUCUGCUUUUAUUUUUGCUCCAGAAUGGUAGUAAAUAUGAUGCUCUGCCUGUCUGCAUGACUAUAUUU